CCACGUGCUACUGCCAACUCAGCAGAAAUAAUUAGUGUGAUGAUUAUGGCAUCUGAGAAGACACCUCUUAUUCGUUCUGGGAGGCCGGCAGAGCAAAGGGGAGCCAGUGAGCAGCUCGAUAAGGCAACCAUCUCCACCUCCAAGAGCAAAAAGCAGCCUAAAUUCAACUGGCUCUUCCUAAAACGUCUCCAUAUAGUACUGAGAGUAGCGGUUCCUGGACUGUGUUCCAAGUCAUUACUACUCCUGGCUGUCCUCAUUCUAGCUAGAUCUGCAGAAGAGUACAACUACUAUCAGAUGGGAAUAAUUCCAAGCAAGUUCUACUUGGCCCUCACCUCCAAGAAUAUAGACAUCUUCAAGGAAGCACUUUGGAAAAUGGCAGUUAUCAUCACAUCUGUAUGCAUUUGCAAAAGUGGUGGUGAGCUUGUGGCAGGUCUGGUGUAUGUUCGCUGGAGGGCUACCAUCACUCGAUACCUCCAUGCCCGCUAUUUCUCCGGAAUCACUUACUACAUCCUCAACACCACUGAUCAGAGAAUAGACAACCCGGAUCAGCGAAUCACUCAGGAUGUGGACAGGUUCUGUAACCAGAUCAGUCAACUGUUACCCAAGAUCAUAAUACAACCCUUUCUCAUUGUUUACUACUCCUACAGAACGUUUGUUGGACUGGGUUGGUACGGGGUGUUGGGUGUCUACUUGUUCUUUGCUCUGAGCACACUCAUCAACAAAUUCAUCAUGAGUCCCAUAGUCAGUGUCAUCUUCCAGCAGGAAAGGAAGGAGGGAGAUUUCCGGUUCCACCACACUCAAGUGAGAGCAAAUGCGGAGGCCAUUGCUUUCUACCAAGGAGGAGAAAAUGAGAGAGAGAAAGCUAACAAACUGCUCAGAGUACUGCUGAAGACCCAACUGAAAUCAGUGCACUGGCAAUUCCCUCUCAACUUCUCAGUGUUUAUGUUCGACUAUGCCAGCACUGUCAUCAGUUACUCUCUCAUUGGUGUGGCUGUCUUCAUGGGCAAGUAUGACAACAUGAGUGCUUCUGACCUGGCCAGCAGUGUCAGCAUGAACUCCUUCUUCUCACUCUACCUACUUAAUGGAUUUUCAAAGCUUGUGGACACAGCUGUUUCAUUUGCAGAGGUUGCAGGAUUCACUCACAGGCUGGGAGAGCUAAUAGAGGUGUUGAAGGAAAUGGAGCGAGAGGAUAAGAAGAGGUGUGGCUCUGGUGACAAGGAGGAGGAGUCAGGCGGACUAGAGGGCAUGGCAAACAAGUCACAGCCAAGCGAUUGCCAGCUGUCACUUCCCGGCUCAGCUCCGCCCCUGCUGCCCAAAGUGUCUCCGGCUUGUCUAGAGACUGUCGCUGUAGUGAACAACCUUACACUAUCACCCCCUCACUCCAAACACACCCUAGCACAAGAUUUAAGUUUCAACUUUACAAAGGGAUGCAAUAUACUCAUUCUUGGAGAAACAGGCACUGGUAAAACUGCAUUGUUGAGGGUGUUAAGGAAACUAUGGAAACCGGUUACUGGGUUUGCUCAGUUGUGCUGUGAUGGGAGCCAUCAUUAUGUGAUGUUCUUACCUCAGAAGACAUACCUCACCUCCGGCUCUCUGGCUAGCCAGAUUGCUUAUCCUGAGUCCCCUAAAGAGGAAACUGAAGACCACUCACCCAGAUUAGGGUACACAAAAGACAAUAUCGAUGAGGCAAUUGAAAUGGCAGGCUUGGCACAGCUGCGGAACAGGCUUGGUGGUGCUGCAGCUACUGUGGCAGAGAACUGGUAUGACAUCGUUUCCCCCGGUGAAGCUCAAAGGAUCUCUUUCGCUCGAUUGUUUUAUCACCAGCCGCCAUUUGCCUUUUUGGACGAGGCCACUUCUGCUCUGAGUGAGGAGACAGAAGGUCUGUUCUACUCCACCCUAAAGAGCCUCAACAUCACAUUGCUGAGUGUGGGGCACAGGUCCUCUCUCAAGCAGUUCCACCACCAAAUACUGACCGUACAAAUUGAUGGCUUGUGGACCAUGCAAGAAUCGUAUAAGUAAACCAUACCAAUCUCGUGUAGUAAGCUGUGAUUUCGUUUUUUAUUUUUUGUUCAAUCCAACAAUGAAUCUCAUUAAUUACAAUUUAACUUAGUCUCUCGGGCUAUACUUCGUAAACUGUUCAGUUUUCAAAGUAUAGCCCGCGAGACUAGUUCAUAAGCGAGGAGAUUAUGUAGCUUCGAUCCCAGGCCGUACUGAAGGUCCUAUUAAUAAAGUGGCACUUACGCUGAUUACAAUAAUCACUUACAGUUGCACCUUCCAAUUAAUAUACUGUAUAGCAGGUAAUUUUCGGGGCAAAACAUUUGUGGUUGAGCAAUAUUUAGUCACUUCGUGGAUACUAUUUUCGUGGUUGCUGCUUGCACUGCAGGUAAAGGUGGCAGGUCGCUUCAUUCGUGGGUAAAAUAUUUGUGGUCAGAGCUUCAACCACGAAUAUUUUUCCCUACGAAAAUUACCAGAGCUAUAAUGGUAAUCACGAUUCUCAGUGUUAUCUUGCUGACUUGAACUGAUACAUAAUAUAUUCUCACCUUUAGCCAUUUUUUUGCCAUGACGACGUGCAAAACUUAAAAUCGACAUUGAUUCCUAUUAUUCCCACCUCAGUAUUAUGCUAAAUUAUUUCGAGCAUAAUUUAUCAGGGCCUAUUGUGAUUUCAUAUGCACUAUACUGUAUAGCGGGUAUAUAUUUCGAGGGUAUAAAAUUUUCGCGGAAAUGCCUUUAGAAAGGUUUUUGCGGAUUUAAUUUUCGUGGAAUAGCGCCCUUUUUGCAGCAUGCAUGCAUGCAAUAUUUAAAUUCGCGGUUAAUGCCUAAUCCGCGAAAACCACAAACAUUUAUACCCUCGAAAUAUACCCGCUAUACAAUAAAAAUUUUUCACUUACUGUAUAGUGGGUCAUUUUAGGGGCUGGUUACUGUUUGCACUGCAGGUAAAUUUCGUUGUGUUCAACCACGAAUAUUUUGCCCCUCGGAAUUUACGUGUGUUGUUUUUACUUUCUUUCACACUUUGUUAUAUACUUAUAAAUAAAUUAUUAUCAUAAUAAUUAUUAUACAUUCGUGAUUUCACACUUACGACCUGCAUUGCAUUUUUUCACACGAUUCAUAAUUAUAUUCGCUAAGUAUAGAAAACUACCGGGUAUGUCUACGAACUUUCCGGAAAGUAUUUUCUGUACACUCCCUCCACCCAAGUGUAAGGUGUCUGUGUUUCGUCAGAGUCUCUUACUCUCUGUUUGUACCAGUAGGCCAAAAAACACAUCAAUAUCGAACUUAUCAGCGACAAUCCCGUUGCAAUUGAGCAGAAAAUCACUGUGCAGUACUUUUAGGUGCAAUUUGCAACUAGUAUUGAGAAUAUGAAUGCAGCGAGAAUGUUUGUCAAAGGGUAUACGCACCAAAUGCAGCCAAUCAUAAAUCCUUUUAAGUUUUGUGGAGUCUGAGCACAUACGAACUCCAGCAUUGCUGUGUACAGUAGCAGUACAAUCUGUGCUGAUAUGAUGGAGUGAAGCAGCUCUAUCCAGAAAGUGUCGAUUAUUCCAGUGAAAAUAGAUUUAUUCUCAUCAGCAACCUGCACAGCACUAAUGACCAGGUAUGUAAUGUUUAAGAGUAAUGUCAGUAGCGAUCCGAUUACGAUACGCUUCAGAAUGGUAGGGAUCCACUUAACGAGGAAAGGGUAGACAGCAAUUUCAUGCACGAUUGUGGAGAGUAUCAUCCACCAUGAUAAACUAGUCACAGUAUCCAGGGAAGCACACUGGAUUAAGUUUGAACUGUUGUUUGAAUAGUAGGAAGCACACUGGGUUAAGUUUGAACUGUUGUUUGAAUAGUAAUGGACACUUGUUCGGAAGUAUGGGAUGAUGUAGUUGGAAAGAAAAUAUGAUACCAUUAUUAUGGGCAUAGGUAAGCCUACUAUGAACAUUUUUAGUACAGUUUUUACAUUUUCAACUUGCUCUGUAGUGAACGGUCCACCAUACCUUGACUUCCCCAGGUCUACUCUAGAAGGUAUGUCUUCCUCCCAGUAUGUUAGAGAACUGCGAUUGAGGGGAGCUUUGUGUUUGGUAGCAAAUUUGAACACUUGAUAUAUCAAUGUGAAGCAUCGUGAAGAUGUGGGCUCCUUAGUUAUCCAUUUUGGAGAGAGAAGGAAAUCCAAGCAAAGAGCAAUAGUCAUACAUAAAACAGAUAGCAAGCUUAUUGCAGGCUUAAUGUACAUCUGUAUAUAUGUUUCAUGACAACAUUGUGUUAUGUUAUCUCCUAUUUGAUAGACUAGGAUUCCAGCUUGAGCACAACAUGUGAACCAGGCUAUAAAGCUAGUGAUGUUUGCAGAGGAAGCAUCAGGCAUCUGAUCCAAACCCAGCUGAAUUGAGGAAACUAUGACAAUAGCAUUUCCUACGUAUACGAGGCAUUUCGGUAAAGUCUCGACCGCUGGGUACCAUGAAGAUGCCUUUGACUGAUUGACUUGAGUUAGUGUCAAUAUACAAUCAAGAAUAGUUGCUAAGAAAAGUACGAUCAGUCCGAGCUUUAUUGUCUUGUAGUUUCCAAUCUUUGUGUCAGCAAUCCACCCGGAUAUGAUGGCAGUUAAUAGCCAUGCAGCAAUCGGGAGAGCGUAGUUAAUGUACCGAAAUGUCCUUAGAUUUAUAUGAUUUACAUCCGAAAUACCAUUAAUAUUCGAGUACACAAUCGAGACCAGUGUUCUUUGCGCUGUCUGCGAUGAGCCAGCUCCUAAAUUCACUGUCACCAACGCUACCCAUAUUAGCACAAGCACAGCUCCCUUUGAGGACACUCGUCUUGGUUUAUAGCUCAACCUACAGCAUUGUCUCGACGACAGAGCUAACUUGUCAGUUGUAGUGUUGAUCAACAUAGAACGUUCCUUCAUCUUUGACGACAUGUUUUGUCUGUGCACUUUGUCUUUGUACUGUUGACCGAUAGAACAUGAUCACUAUACAAUAAUGAUCUUUGUAAACUAUAGUCAAGUCACAUAUUGAAAAUACUAUUGUGCUGCUUUGUAAAACUAUUAGUAUUGUUUAAUUGUGCUAUGCACUGAUACCACAAUGUCCUAUAUAUAGAGACGACAUACACCCACGUCUACACAUAUACAGUGCUAAGCUUGUGGCAGGUUUGGUGUAUGUUCGCUGGAGGGCUACCAUCACUCGAUACCUCCAUGCCCGCUGGAAUCAUUUACUACAUCCUCAACACCACUGAUCGGAGAAUAGACAACCCGUAACAGCAGUUCAGUACACAAUGUAUCUAUAUUAUUAUUGUUAAAGAGGUGGUGAUGUGUUUGCUGAAUUCGCUGAAUUCUUUUUAUCUUGCAGGGAUCAGCGAAUCACUCAGGAUGUGGACAGGUUCUGUAACCAGAUCAGUCACUGUUACCCAAGAUCAUAAUACAACCGUUUCUCACCGCUUACUGCUCCUACAGAAUGUUUGUUGGACUGGGUUGGUAUGGGGUGUUGGGUGUCUACUUGUUCUUUGCUCUGAGCAUACUCAUCAACAAAGUCAUCAUGAGUCCCAUCUUCCAGCAGGAAAAGAAGGAGGGAGACUUCAGGUGACUCCUAGGAGAUAUUUCUAUCAUUACAAGCCGAUCUAAGUUCCACCACACUCAAGUGAGAGCAAAUGCGGAGCCCAUUGCUUUCUACCAAGGAGGAGAAAAUGAGAGAGAGAAGGCUAACAAACUGCUCAGAGUGCUGCUGAAGACCCAACUGAAAUCAGUGCACUGGCAAUUCCCUCUCAACUUCUCAGUGUUUAUGUUCCAGCACUGUCAUCAGUUACUCUCUCAUUGGUGUGGCUGUCUUCAUGGGCAAGUAUGACAACAUGAGUGCUUCUGACCUGGCCAGCAGUGUCAGCAUGGUGAGGUGGUUACGUUCCCAACCUGCUCUGUUAUUAAGUUACUUGUUAUGCCUCAGUGCACAUGCGCCAGGGGCAUGCGAUAACCAUAGGUUGUGUUUUGUGUGUCUGUCCCUAGAAUAAGUACUCGACCUGCUCGUUCAAAUGCCACGAAAGAUUGCUCACACUCUCAAAUGACUGGGUACAAAGUGCAUCUUGUCACUAAUUGUUAAAUUAUUUUUCUCUCUUUCUUCUCACUCUACCUACUGAAUGGGUUCUCAAAGCUUGUGGACACAGCUGUUUCAUUUGCAGAGGUUGCAGGAUUCACUCACAGGUUGGGAGAGCUAAUAGAGGUGUUGAAGGAAAUGGAGAGAGAGGAUAAGAAGAGGUGUGGCUCUGGUGACAAGGAGGGGGAGUCAGGCGGACUAGAGGGCAUGGCAAACAAGUUACAGCCAAGUUUCAACUUCACCAAGGGGAUGCAAUAUACUCAUCCUUGGAGAAACAUGUUCGUGACUUUUUGGCACUGCAUUGUUGAGGGUGCUAAGGAAACUAUGGGAACCGGUUACUGGGCGUGCUCAGUUGUGCUGUGAUGGGAGCCAUCAUUAUGUGAUGUUCUUACCUCAGAAGGCAUACCUCACCUCCGGCUCUCUGGCUAGCCAUGCAGAUUGCUUAUCCUGAGUCCCCUAAAGAGGAAACUGAAGACCACUCACCCAGGGGUGGGUACACAAAAGUCAAUAUUGAUGAGGCAAUUGAAAUGGCAGGCUUGGUAAGACAUAUUGCAUACAAAAAUUGCAGUCAGUACACUGUGACCCAACAUACAUGUAUACAUUCCAGUACACAAUGGUGUGGUUUGCACAGACUCCACAUGGUCAUAUCCACGGUUACAGGCCCAGCUGGUAACAGGCUUGGUGGUGGUGCUGCAGCUACUGUGGCAGAGAACUGGUGAGAUAAACAAUUACCAUGGUUUCCCUUACUACAACCAGCAGCUGUGACUGGAAGUAAGAGAAACCUCGCUAAUUGUCCUACUGUGGGAAGUAGGGGACAUGACUAUACAUGUACAUAUACAAUAGUUUUGUAUGUGCAGUGAUUUUGCAACUUGCUAACUUAAUUUUAGUAUGGAUUUGUAGAGUAGAUUCUUAAGGUUUGGUGUAUCAUAUGUGUUCAAUGCAUGGCAGAGGUGGGUUUUUAACUGAGUAGACUGUAUCGUCUCUCGUCUCUCUCCCUCUCCCUCUCUCUCUGCAGUUCAUCAUCAAUUACUGACCAUACAUACAAGCUGAUGGUUUGUGGACUAUGCAAGAAUUGUUUAGACUUUAGUCUGUGUAAUUAGCUGGUUUCAUGUAAUACAAUUGUGAGAUCUGCCCACGCUAUCAUCAAUUCAACAAUGAAUCUCAUUAUUAUUUUUCUGAACUA